UGGUGGUGUAGUUGUCCACAUACUGAUCUGUGAACUUCUGUUAGGUGUAAAGCCACCAUUAGGAGCCUGGACCUCAAAAGCUAUUUCUUUAAUGAAACAACUGGUGAAGGAUAAAUUGUUAACAAUAAAAGUAGUGGAUAAAGAGAGUUACAGUGCUGUGGUGGAGCUUGUAGAUGCAUCAGUUACCCCAGCAAUAAAUAUAUCGAGCCAUCUCAGAGAGAAAGUCUGUGCAGCUGAGGAAUCAAGGUUGGCCGUACAAGCAAUCAGAAUGGGCAAUGCUGAGCAAGCAAAUGAGGACACCAUGAAUCAAAUUUGCAAGUGGAGUAAACUAACUCUUAAAGAAACAGUAGAUGUCAUAGUGUGUGCACUGUACAAUCCUGGAGAAUUCUACUGUCAGGUUUCCAAUAACAGUGAGUUACUUGCUCUAAACUCACUUAACAGAUCAUUGUCUGAGUACUGUCAGAAAACUCCACCAAAUUUUUUUAAGCCUGAGAAUGGAGAACCUUGCUGUGCUUUUUUCUCGAAUGAUGGUAACUGGUACCGUGCUUUGGUGCAAAACGUUACUUCAGGUGGAACUGUUCAAGUAUGCUUUGUGGACUACGGAAACGUUGAGGAAGUACCACUGGAUAAAAUACGGCACAUCUCACCCUCAUUCCUAGAACUUCCGUUUCAAGCAAUUAAAUGCUGGCUCUCAGGUGUAAAGCCUGGUAAUAGCAAAUGGAUUCCAGAAGCUACAGCAAGAUUUCGUAUGUACACUGCAGGGAUAAAGCUUCAAGCCAGAGUAAUUUGCCUUUCCAGAGAUGGAGCAGGUGUAGAGCUUAUUGACAAUUCCACAGGCCAUCCAAAAGUGAUCAAUGAGAUAUUAACUUCUGAAAAAUUGGCUGUAAAGGAAGUUCUGCAAGAUAAAAAGAACUUUCCAAACAAGUCUGUUGACAAAAAAGGAACCUCACUUGGGCACUGGAAGUCGAUCGAAUUGGCUAUAGAUGAAACCCUGUAUGUCUGUGUAACAGAAGUUGUCAGCCCAGACUUGUUCUACGCUGUACCAGUUCAAAAUAAAGGUAAGAAAAAACUACGUAGGCAGCUGAUUGAACUAGAAGGCUAUUGUAAAUCUUGUAAGAACCAGCCCUUCAAACCAAAACUGGAUGAAGCUUGUUGUGCCAGGUUUUCAGGUGAUGGCCAUUGGUACAGAGCUCUUGUUCUGGAAGUCUCUCAGUCUGUAGUGACAGUACUGUAUGCAGACUAUGGGGACACAGAAACUUUACCACUUUCACAGGUGCUGCCAAUCACAGAUUCCUUCUUAAAGCUGCCUUUUCAGACAAUUAAAUGUUCACUUGCAGGAAUAGAGAAAGCUAAGUGGUCUCCAUUAUUACUUGACAAGUUCAGAAAAAUGCUAUUGAAUAAAUACAUCACCAUUACAGUGAAAGGGAUAAAUGGAAAUGUUAAUUUAGUAACGGUGGACAAACUUUCUGAGGAUGGUAGUCUGAAUGUAGCUGACAGACUGGUAAUGGAAGGUUUGGUCAAACCCUGCAGGGCUGAAAGCUUACAUACUGAAGAUCAAGGCAGUGGAUGUGAGGCCAAAUGCUGCUGCAGAGAAUUAAAAAUGCAAGUAAGAUUCAGUCCAAGCAAUACUUGCUUUUUUGCUGUUUCCAGAAUUUAAAAGAAAUGCUAUGUGGGAAGCAAAUGGAAGGAGGGAGACGAAAUAGCGAACUGA